CCGGCGAGUUCCGGGCUCGACGGCUUAGGGCGGAGCAGCAACAUGGCGGCUCCUGGAGCUGGUGACCCUCUGAACGCUAAGAAUGGAAAUGCUCCAUUCGCUCAGCGCAUCGACCCGUCGCGGGAGAAAUUGACCCCUGCGCAGUUGCAGUUUAUGCGGCAGGUGCAACUUGCCCAGUGGCAGAAAACACUGCCACAGCGGCGGACCCGGAACAUCAUGACCGGCCUGGGCAUCGGGGCCCUGGUGUUAGCUAUUUAUGGUUACACCUUCUACUCUGUGGCCCAGGAGCGUUUCCUUGAUGAACUGGAAGAUGAAGCCAAAGCUGCCCGAGCCCGUGCUCUUGAGAGAGAGCGAGCGUCAGGACCCUAACAGUACGGACCAUCUUCAAACUGCUGGAGCCCCUGUAUAUGUUGAAUGAUGCCUGGUGGUCUUACAGCAUCACUGGCACACUAACGUCGGACUCUGUGAUUGAGCCCAAGAAGCCAGAGACUAUGCAUUUGGCCGCUGCCGGGGCGGGGAGGAGGGUGGGGGGGAUUGUUCACUUCACGUGCAGUUUGUCCAGUUACUCAGCCCUUUUUAUUUCCUUGUUUGAGAGGUAUGCAACCUUGCCUUUACCCAAACUUUGUGGUUUACCCCUUCACCUCCCAGGGGCCCGACUCUUAAAGGGGGAGGGUGUGGCUUAACUGCAGCGUUGGAACCUUAAAGUGGGAAAGAUAGGGUCAAGUUAAAGUAAUAAAAUGAGUCAUGUCUCCCGAAGCCAAGCUAGUGUGUGGGGGCUGAGAGACACAUGGCACUUCACGCUGGAAAGCUCCCUGGCACUAGCUGCAGCGGUGGCAUUGCCCCAGGGAGCUGUAAAUGUUUAACUAGAAUUACUUUUUCCGUGAGAUCUUUCCACCUGAUUUAAGGGAGAGAUUACUGGACUGUUGGGAGACUGAACCGGGUCUUAGGGGGAAGAAGAAGGUCACCCUUCUGUUCUCUGCCUUCAAGAACAGACUCUUAAUGUCACUGGCCUUUUCCUGUCUCUAGCUUGGUAGGUGAAGGAUGAGCAAGGAAUAAAUUUAUUCUUUUAACA